AAAAUUUUAUUCUCAACUGGUCAGUAAAGACUAAAGAGAGAGAGAGAGAGACAUGGCAACAGAGGCUCCGAAGAUCAUUUGGAACGAGAGCCAGCAGAGGUUCGAGACAGAGGAUAAGAAAGCUUACAUAGAGUACGAGCUCAGGGAUGGCGGGAAAGUCAUGGACAUCGUUCACACGUUCGUUCCAUCUAGCAAGAGAGGCCACGGUCUCGCUUCCCAUCUCUGUGUCUCGGCCCUCAAUCAUGCGAAAGCUCAUUCCAUGUCCGUAAUCCCAACCUGUUCUUACGUUUCUGAUACAUUUCUUCCCCGGAAUCCAUCAUGGAAUUCAAUCAUAUAUACAGAUGGUCAUAAAUCUAAUAUGUGAAAGUUCUCAACUUUUACCAACUAGAAUAUAUUUACAUAGACAUACAUAUCAAAAAGAAUAAAGAACAUCUUUUCUAUGUAAUGAUGUCCAUACUCUGCUCCUCAUUUCAUGGCUUUAGGGGGUUAUGUUGUGGGUGCAUCUAUCUGAGAAAUAAAAAAGGAAACUAUAUGCAAAUUUAAGUAUGGAGUAUGUGUGAGAGGUCAAUUCUAGUUCCAUCAAAACCAGGUCAUUUUAAAUA